UUUUGUUUAGUUAAAUUCAAUUUCUUUUUUGAAAUAAUAAAGAAUUUUUGUGGUUUUUUUUUCUUUCCCCGAGAGUACGAGUACCGGUGGACGGGUGGAGAGAGGUGGGUUGAAAAUACAAGGAAAUGUAAGGAAUCAUGGAGAGAGAUGUGAGUGAAGUCUCUUUUCAGGUAGCCGACAACUCCAACUCUCUGCCUCUCCUCUCUCUCUCUCUCUCUCUCUCUCUCCCCGUCUCUUCUUCCUUCCAAACAACCGCAUUGCUCUCUGCACAUGCGCCACUCGCCUCUCCAGUCCAGCUCACCACACCCCGCAACAAAUCAUUCAUUCCGUUCGAGAUCAAAGCCCUCGCCGAGGAAACCCGCCCCCAGCUGGAUCCGACCCGUUUCUUCUUCUUCUUCCCUUCCUCUGUAUUUUUUUUCUCUCUCCGCCUCGUGCUUCCUGUUGGGUCCUUUUCAGCAGCUAUUGGCUGUUGCGCUGCAUAUACCAUCUUCCCAGGCCGCCCCCGUUGCUUCAGUUAUUAGAGACCCUUUUCCUCUUUCCUUUUCCCUUUUCCGGAUUCACAAAAUACGACCUUUACCCUCUUUGCCCGUUUUCUCUACCCGGGGAGCGGGCUGGUUCAUAGCGAAAUGGAACUUGUUGCUGUGUCAUUUUCGGCUGGGGGUAUUUGAUUGGAGGAGAGUUGAGCUGGAAGGAACUCGGUUACCCCAUCUUUUCAGCUUGUCCACACUCUGCGGUUUCGCUGGCCAAGUUUAGGGCCCGCGGCUGAAGGAGGCUUCAGCGGAGCAGGUUGGUUGGAGUCAUGCUUUUCCUUUACGUUGAAAUCUGCAUUUGUGGGUUCUUUGCUUUGCUUUCAUUGAGUGUGGUUGCGCGGAAAGGAGAACGCUUUUGUGUUUCGUGGAGAGGAAGUGUCAGCGGGGAUUAACAACUGGGUUUGAAGGAAUACCCUUGAGGACUGCAACGUAUGAUGCUGAUUGCUUUCCUGACCAAUGAUGCCAUCUAUUGGGUUUUGCUGCCUUUUCAGAAUACAUGUGCUAUGAGCCCUUAAUGAUCAUCAAUACUCGUUAUUUGGGUUAGGGUUGAGAUUUUAGGUCAAGAUGGGUGUAUGGUAUUUGUAUUAUUAGAAGGGUGAAACAAGUUUUUUUUUAAUAGUCCUCUAUAAGCUACAUGCUCUAAUAGGGCUUUGGUGUUUUAUGGUUUACUGGCGUGAGUCGAUGUGUCUCCCCGGUGAUAUGCCAUGCUUGUUUUAGAUAUGAUGACUUAUGACGCUUCAAUGCUGCCUCUUAUGUGUCCAUGAGGUCAGGAAGAGGAUUGAAAGGUUUGCUCGUGAUCACCAAGAGGUAUUUGUUAUCUACUGUUUGGAUGUUCUGAGUAGGAAGCAGGCGCCCUGUUUCCUUAUUCUUAGGGGGUGUGUCCCGAAAGUAAUGCAAAUAGAAAAUCCCUCUGCAAAUGGCGAAUCUUACCCCAGGGGUUCUGCUCAAGCUCUUGCAACACAUGAAUACAGAUGUCAAAGUUGCAGGUGAGCAUAGAUCAUCGUUACUGCAAGUGGUGAGCAUUGUGCCAGCACUAGCGGGCAGUGAGCUAUUCCCUAAUCAGGGUUUUUAUCUCAAAGUGUCUGAUUCUUCCCAUGCAACUUACGUCUCUUUACCGGAGGAACAUGAUGAUCUCAUUUUGAGCGAUAAGAUCCAAUUAGGACAAUUUAUUCAUAUUGAGAGGCUCGAAGCUGCCUCACCAGUCCCAAUACUUAGAGGAGUUAAGCCAAUCCCAGGGAGGCAUGCUUGUGUUGGUAGCCCCGAGGAUAUCGUGGCAACUGAUUCACUCAGCUUCCUCAAUAAUAAUCAUGAUCCAAGUUCUGGUUCAAAGCAUUCCACCAGUGCAAAGACAUUGAAAAAAGUGGGUUCAGGCAGUAGUAAUGUGGGGGAGAAGGUGAAAUCAACGCCCAGAGGGCUGAGUAGCAGUGGUAGCAAAGAUGAUUUACGCUCUAAGAAAACCUCCUCUCUAGCGAGGUCUAAGUCUCAGUUGUCAAAACUUCAUUCGAAUCUAGAAUUGAAGAACGAAUCUCUACAAAAGUUGAAGCCUUCUAGUUCAAGAUCUAUUCCUUCUUCUCCAAGUAGCUGUUACUCGUUGCCUACAUCAUUUGAGAAGUUUUCAAGUGGGGUGAAGCAACAGUCUAAAAUUAAGGGGUUCGAUAAGGGUUCGCCUAGGUUAGGACUAACAGAAAGAGCGGCUUCUGCUAAUGGAUUAACUCCUACUAGAAGAGUUCCUGUGAUCAAGAACAUAGUUCAGGGUAUUGAGCUGGGAGCAAAGGCUCUGAGGAGGAGCUGGGAAGGAAGCAUGGAAGUAAAGAAGAGGGAUUCCACAAAGUUGCUGCCUUCCAAACUGGAUCCAAAACCUGAAGUUCGGAGUACUUCUGUUCCAAGGAAAAGUACGUCCAGUGAGCGUUCACUUCCUAGAGAAGAUAGUAGGGGCUUUACGAAUUCGUUUAAAGAAGAGAACAAAGGUCCAGUAUCUGUUAAGAGAGCUGCUUUUUCUGGGAUUACUGAUGAUCAAGAAACGAUGAAUAAGCCUAGGCUGUCUGUUGGAAGAAAAUCUUCUGGAGAACUGGCUAAUAAUGGGCUUCCAGGGAACUUUGUCAAAAUUCCAAUACAUAGUAAAAGGCUGACUGAAGGGAGUGUUUCAUGGACUUCUCUUCCUUCUUCUCUUGCUAAGCUUGGGAAGGAAGUUAUGAGGCAUAGAGAUGCUGCACAGACAGCAGCAAUAGAGGCAAUGCAGGAGGCUUGUGCUGCAGAGAGCUUGCUUCGAUGUCUUAGGAUUUACUCUGAGCUAAUUUUGUCAGCCAAAGAAGAUAACCCUCAACCUGCUGUUGAGCUUUUCUUGGCUCUCCAUUCAAGUUUGAACAAUGCUCGUACAGUGGCUGAUUCUCUGUCCAAAAUGCUCCCCCCUGGAUCAAUGAAUGAAAAUCUCCCCGAAGAAGUACAGAAGAUUACAUCAGAUCAACGUAAACACGCAUCCAUGUGGGUCCAAGCAGCAUUAGCCACCAAUUUAUCAUCCUUUGCCGUAUUCACCAAGGACCAAAAAGCCUCUGCUGGAAGUAACCAGCAUGUGCUUGUUCUCGAAACCCAUUCAAAGAAUGGUGCUACGAGACCUGAACCCAAAAUCCGUCCAGUUGUUGGCUCGAAGCUAGUAGCCACAGGUGCUUUCCGCAAACAGUUUGAUUCUUCUGCUGCUAGUGAAAAAGCGCAGCCCCUGCAACCACCACCAGAAUGGAGCAGGAGGGGAGGACUCGACGAGGCGAUGGACUUAGCCGAAGUGUUGCGGGUGGAUUCCCAGAGUUGGUUCUUGGGGUUUGUGGAAAGGUUCUUGGACGCAGACGUUGACACGUCAGUGCUGUCGGAUAACGGUCAAAUAGCUGGGAUGUUGACUCAGCUGAAGAGUGUCAAUGAAUGGUUAGACGGGAUUGGGGCGAGCAAGGAUGAAGACGAUGAGACUCGACCGAGUGUUUCUUCCGAGACCGUUGAUCGGCUGAGGAAGAAGAUCUACGAGUACCUUCUCACGCACGUCGAAUCUGCCGCUGCUGCACUUGGAGGUGGCGGUGGCAGCAGCGGCGGUGGAUCACAAUCGUCGCCAAAGCUUCGAGCCAUAGACACGAAAUCCAAAAGGUGACGGCUAAUUUUAUGCAUUACUAAUGUAUGAAAACCACAUCCAUUUUCCCUAGACCAUGAGAGUUGCGGGUUAAGGUGUGUUUUUUCCCAUGCUAAUCAAAUGAACACGGCACCCCUUUUGACCAGGGGUUUGUGUGGUUAUGUGGGAUUGGCAGUGUUUGUUAAUUUAUCAAAGGAAGGGGGAAAUUUUUUUCAAGUGUAAAGUGCUAAAAACGGCAUUUGUGGUGCGCAAAUUUGUGUUUGUUGGUUUCUCCUGUAAUUAUACCAGGCUGUUGUUGAGUAGCGCCGAGCUUGUACUAUCAUUUCUUUGUUGUGGGGGUGAAUGGAUUUUUUUGUUGUUGUUGACAAGGGUGUGAAUGGAUUGAUGUGCAGAGAAUGUUUUAUUGGCUGUUCUAAUCUGAAGUAUGACUUGGAUCUCCCUGGUUUCUCUUUGAGCGGG